CAAUCUCCUGAUGUGAAAUCAAGCCAAAAGAAAACGAUGAUGACAUGUGACUCUGGUACAGACUGCACUGCUUUAAGAAGCAGGUUUGGAUUACAGGCCAAGGUUAUCUGUGAGUCCAUCUGAGACAGCAGCAGGAUGGAGUCCUACAGACUCAGCGGCUCUCCAGACGUCCAGAUGCAGAGAGGCUAUGUGCUACAGCACAGUCCUAGAGCCAGCAGCCAAGAGAACCUGUUUGGGGUGAGAGUUCAGGUGCAGGGCAUCAAAGGUCAGCCUUAUGUGGUUCUAAACACUGCUGGUCAGGAGAGCCACAAGGAUGUAUCUGUCAUAACUCACCAGGCGGGUUACAAACCAGGCACAGUUAGGAGGUCUGUGGAGGAGCCACAGAGGAGGCCAAACUCCUCUGGGUGUCAUUAUCAGAGACACUCUGAGAUCUUCAGGCCAUAUGAGCCGGAAUACGAUAACCAUAACCCCCCCAGAUCUGGCCACACCUCCCUGUCCACUGAGACGGCACAGACUGCCAAACCCAGGAUCCCUCUGCCUGCCGAGGGCCCCACCGAAGACCCAGCUGAGUUCAACCACAUGCCAGAAGGACACAGCGCCCCACUGUCCCCAAAGUCAGUGGACACCGACUCCAUCAUGUCUGUGGGCAGGCUAAUCAGCCAGUUCAACAGCAGCCUGCAGAGGGGGAGAGGGCCGAGGAACAGAGUGGACCCAGAGGCCUGUCGACGGUCCCGCAGCGUGGAAAGCAGUCGAACCUUGAGUGCUUCCUCAUCGCCUUUAUCCAGCAGAGCUUCUUCCCUAAAGGGAUCCAGAGGGGAAACCCCAGCUGGUAUUUACCCCCCCGGAUCCGCCAGGGCUCGGCUCCUUGGUGGAGAAUCUGCUCGGGCAAACAGAGAGGAGAGCAAGAUCAGCAAAGGACAACAAGGGACAGAGACCGUAACGCUGUCCAACAGGACAGAGAAACCAACUGUCUCCAGGCCAACGACAGAGCAAACAUCUGAUGAAAGAGACACACAGGUUACUCCUGAUCUUCUGAAAGGACAGCAAGAGCUCUCAGCAGAUCCACCAGAAGAAGCAACAAAGCAAAUACUCUUCACUUGUCUGAAGAACGGGACCACAGACGAUGACCCCACAACCCAAAGGAAAGUCAAACUGCUGCUCGACAACAUCAGAAAGCUCAAAUGGAAAACUGUGGAGGGUGUGGAGGAGGAGGAGAAAGCGUCUGCAGCGGGAAUAAAGGUACUGCAGGAGAAACGGGCGACUCUGGAGAAACAAGUGUCUCAUCUGAAGCAAAAACUAGACAUUGAGAUCAAGAAUGAAAUGACUUUAGCCAAGGCAUUUGAAAAAGCAAGGACUGAGAAGAAGAAACUUCAGGAGGAGUUGAACAAAAGUCAGACGGAGCUCCAGAAACUGAGAGGAAAACUGGGUGAAAUUGAGAGAGACCUUCAGUCCACCAAACAGGAACUGAAUCAGAUGAAGAUGGAAAGAGAAAGAUCAAAGGCAGAGAUGAAAGACCUGCAGCUACAGCUCUCUGAGAUGCACGACGAGUUGGACCAAGCCAAGAAGUCAGAGGUGAUAAAUACAGAGAAAGAAUUGCUCCUUCAGGAUGUGGCACAGCUGCGUGCAGAUUUUCAGGAGAUGCUACAAGCCAAGGAGGAGCAGGAGGAGGUGCUGCACCACAGGGAAAGGGAGCUCAGUGCCCUGAAGGGGGCUCUGAAAGAGGAGGUGGAGACUCAUGAUAAAUACAUCUCUGCUUUGAAAGAAGAAUACGAGCUGGAGCUGGAAAAGCUGCUUGGUGACUUGCAGCAGGCAAAGGAGAGCAAUGCUUACCUGGGUCAGGAGAAGGCUCAGGUGGAGGAGGAGAGAGGGGCAGCUAAGGUGCAGAUGAAGGAACUGAUCCAGGAAAGAGAUCAUCUGAAGGGAAAGGUCCGAGAACUCAGCAACAAGGUGGAUCAACUGAAUCAGGCCAUCCAGGAGUUUAAAACCGCCGAGAAAAUGAUGGAGCAGAGAACAAAGCAGCUGGAGAGGGAAAAGAACCAGGUGGAGGAAAUGUUUGAGGAUGUGAGGAGGAGCGAGGAGGAGCUGUGUCAGUCCAACCAGUCUCUGCUUUCCCGCUUGGAGGAUGUGCAGAGUAAGCUGACUAAACUAAACCACGAACACAAGGACUUAAAGGAAAAGCUUAAAGAAGAGAGGAAACAAGUGGAAGAGCUGUGGAAAACCAAAGCAGAGCUGGAGGACGAGAGGAGGAUGCAGGACAGGUCUAUGGAACAACUGCAGAGAAAGAUGAACACCAUCAUGGAGGAGUGCGAGGCGUCAACAGAUGUGCUUCAGAACCAGGUGGACGAGGCCAGAGAGAGGAGUCAGAGGGAGCUGACUGAGCUGCGCCGGCAGUUACAGGAAAAGGGAGCAGAGCUGGAGAAAUCUAGACAGGCAGCCAAAAAACUGCAGGAAGAGCUGCUUCCUCUGGAGGAGGAUCUACGACGGUGCCGCAGGGAGCAGCAGGAGGCCCAGCUGAGAGGCCGGCAGCUGGAGCAGCGGGUGGAGGAGCUGGAGGAGAAAAAUGCAGCUGUGCUGGAGGAGAGGGAGCGGCAGCUUAAACUCAUGGAGGAGCGAAUCAGGCGGCUAGAGGAAGACCUUAACGAUGAGCGCAGCAGUUCUGAUCGCCUGAUGGAGCGUUUAGACAAAACCAAAGAACAGAUGGAUCAGAUGAGGAACGAACUGUUGCAGGAACGAGCAGCCAGGCAGGAUGUGGAGUGUGACAAGAUGAGCCUGGAGAGACAAAAUAAAGAUCUAAAGAGCCGAGUGACUCAUCUGGAAGGAUCCCAGAGAACAAACCAGGAUUCCCUCGUCUCCAAACUUAACAGCCGAAUCCAGGAGCUGGAGGAGAGACUGCAGGUAGAGGAGAGGGAAAACAACAGCCUGCAACAGGUGAACCGCAAACUGGAACGCAAAGUGAAGGAGAUGAAAAUACAGGCAGAUGAGGAACACAUCAACCUGCAGAGCCAGAUGGACCAGCUAACUCAAAGGUUAAAGACAGCGAAGAGGCAGAUGGACGAGGCGGAGGAAGAGAUAGAGCGUUUGGAGCACAGUAAAAAGAAGCUGCAGAGAGACGUGGAUGAGCAGAUGGAGGCCAACGAGCAGCUUCACAGCCAGCUCAAUACUCUACGAAACGAGAUGAGGCGCAAGAAGAAGUCACCUCCCAUGAAGCUUGUAGAGGAAGAUUUGAACGACAUGGACGACUUUGGUUCUGACUGAUGGACUUGUUUUGGAAAAGAGUUCAGGACUUUAUGAAGAAACAUUUCUACUGUGAAGAAAAUCUAAACACUACUUAAUACAGUUAACAGCUCAGGUGUGAAUGAUCAUUUUCUAACUUGAUCUACAGCUAUAAGAACUUUGUCAGUGCUGACCUCUUGUGGUAAUAUUUAUAACAGCAUUUACUGCAUUACAUUUAUGCUUCUGUUUCUAUCAGUGUAUUAAGAUGGUGAUAACCUAAAAAGAAGAAAAUAACAAUAAAAACAUGUUUUUU